GAGGCGGCUCCUGCUGCCCGUGGCCGUGGCCAUGUCGUCCGAGUUCGAGACGGAGGACGCCGAGGGGGGCAGAGCGAGGGCGAGGGCGGAGGCGACUCCGAGGCCGAGUACUCCGAGGACCUCAUGGUCUUCGUCGGAUACUAGUAGUCGUUACGUCCAAGGGAUGUGGCUCUGUUCAAGAUUCCGGCAUCGGUUGCGUGCUGGUUGGGGGUCGCUCCGGUCCAUCGCCAAGGCUAGGUGUUUGUGGAAUUGCCUGCCUCCUUUGCAACUGCAACGGCAGCGCCAACAAAGUAAGGAACGCUAAGGCUAGGCAGAGCAAGGGAAAGGAUGACCAUGCCACGGGGGCUGGCGCCGUACAUGGUUGACAUGGUGUGGGCGAUGCUCGCCGGGUGGGUGUCGGCGUGCCUGCUAGUCGCCAACGAGAUCGCCCGCGGCAUGCGGGCCGGGGAGAUUGUCCCCUUCGUCGUGGGGUGAAUCUCACUUCGGGAAUCCUCCCUUCUGACUCCUUCAUGCAGGUUGUUUACGAUAGAAUGACCGGACGGAGCCGUGGAUUUGGAUUCGUCACAAUGGGUUCAGCGGAGGAAGUUGCUGCCACCGUCGAGCAAUUAAAUGGCUAUGGUUCUGGUGGCGAUGCCGACGGUCGUCGAGAGGUUCGUGCACUGGACAGUGGCGUGGCUGCCGAUGUAUGGAGAGGCGAAGCUGCUGCUCGUCAUCUACCUCUGGCAGAUUUUAGGGUGCGGGGCACGUGUACGAUGGCUUCCUCCAUCCGCUGGUGGCGUGGCACGAGGCCGACAUGGACCGGGGCCUGCUUGAGCUGAGGGCUAGGGCGAGGGACGUGACGGCAUCACAACUCAAGGCGGCCGCUGCCAUCGGUCAAGUGUGGCUCGUCGAGGCUACCCGCUGUGUUUUGUCACAGUUGUAGGCUGCGAGAUCAGGCCGGGAAGGCGCCACGCAUUGACGAGUGAGCCAAUUGUUGGAUCGGACCAUAACAACGUGUCUCAGUCUCUGAUGUCUAGAAGUAGUGGUAAAGUUUUGAAUUUGCAUGGCAAGAACCACUUACGUAGGUAGCUGACACUCACAACACUGUUUACACUCUUACUUAUUUAAAAGAUAUGAAUU